AGGGCUGCUGGUCUGGUUGAGUGUAUUCUCUCCUCUGUACCAGGACAAGRUCACAUCUKUCCGGUUMUUCACAGWKCACACAACUGAACAGCUGGAGCUUUAGAGGAAUGAACCAUUUGUUGAGAUGGAGAAGGCUUGCCAGACUGACGUUCAUGCUGCUAUAUUUUGUCAUUAAUGUAGUCUGUGCUUCUCAGCAAACAGUCCAGUGUAAGACUCAGCAGGUGAAAGGCAUCGUGGGAAAGACUUUCUCUUUUCCAGAGAGGGUGAUCAAGUCUGGCAAUUUACUUUAUGGAGACCUUGGCAGUAUUGCAAAUGUGUUCCCUGGUAAAGAAGGCAAAGUCACCCUUGAGAAGAGAUUUGAAAACCGCCUCCGCUUAAACAAUGUUACAAGAUACUUCACUCUGUCAGACCUUCAGAUAGACGAUGCUGGGAAUUAUACUCUGGAGAUAACACAUGAAGGAAAAAAAUGUACAAGAGUUGAGCUCACUGUGUACAAUGUUGUUUCCAAACCUCAGGUGACGGAGUGUGACAGCAGCUCCUGUAGUGUGCUGUGUUCUGUGGACAACGAAAAAGAGGUGACCUUGACCUUGUACAGGGGAGAGGAAAUACUAAACCAGACCAGCAGUCCUGACCUCACCACCGAUCUAUCUCUCCGUUUGGAGGUAGAGGGAAAGAACUACAACUCCACCUACAGCUGUGUGGCUGCUAACCCUGUCAGCAAUGAGACAGUUCAUGUCCCAAAAUGUUGCAGUGAAGAUGGUCAUCCCAAGGAGACAGACAGUGAUGGGAUGACUCUGGGUUUGCUUAUUAUUGCUGUAAUCUGCGUUUUGGUUGCCUCAGGGCUGGUUGGACUUGCAAUCUAUCUAAAGAAGAGUAGAAAUGGACACUCACAAGGCAGAUUCAUCCGAAAGAGUGCAAGUUGACAUUGAUUAUGCAUCGAUAACUCCUAAAAAACGAACAGAUAAUCAGGAGGAGCGAACAGAGAUACCAGAAUUGGAGUCGUGUAGACAACCCUAACCUGACAUCAGUUUAUGAUACACUCCUGUUACAUCGCAUGGCUGCCAGCAGGGAUGUUGACACAGCAUGAAGGAGAAAAACGGGAAGUAAAUGGGAGGCUGAAAUGAUAACUGACAUCUUGUAGAGAGCAUGCUGAAUUGAGCCCAACCCUGCUGUGAAUUUCUUCCGGGAGGAAAUCACAAGUGUAUCCCAGACCAACCCCACGGAUUGUGACGUCAGCCUCAGACUGCGAUGGAGGAUUCUGGCCAACAGGGGGUGACCUUGCCACACACCGAGGGAGAACGUAUAGCUCAUACUCAGAGGAGCAAGUUAGGAGGAGUCAGAGAGAAGCUCCAAUCAGAGCUGAGAGGGAGAUACRYGUCAUUGUGUGAUGGAACCCCAGCAGGACAAGAGGUGCGGAGUCACUGCCUCACACACUCCUAUGUGGAACUCCUCAUCACCGAGGGCAACGUCCAAUGGCACAACGAUAGGCAUGCUGCCACGCGACCCGUAAGGCCACCAUCAGAUAUGCCCACUGCUAAUGAGGAAGUAACGAUCAAGCUUGACGAUAUCUUCAAACCACCGCUAUCUCCGGAUCGGCCUCAAGCAAAAAAACGUCCUGACGAAGGGACCCGCAGGCUCAGGGAAGACGGCGAGUGUCCAGAAGUUUGUUUUGAACUGGGYCGAGGACAGAGCCAAUCAGGAAGUCGACUUCUUGUUUGUCUUUCCCUUCAGUGAACUCAAUUGGCUGAUAGACCGGAGCUUCAGUCUGAGUGGCCUCAUCAGCCACUUCCACUUGUCCAUGACGUCGGAGAGUGAGAACCCCGGUCUGGAUCUGAGUCGGUCUAAGGUGGUCUUCAUCUUGGAYGGUUUGGACCAAUUCAACCUUCCCCUGGACUUUGAAAGCAUAUCAGUAGAGUCUGACAUCAAUAAGGAGAUGCCUUUGCCCAUCCUCCUAGCGAACCUCAUCUGGUGUCAGCUGCUUCUUCCCUCUGCCUACGUCUGGGUGAUCACCAGGCCUGCGGCUGCCAGUUUCAUCCCCAUCGACUUCCUCCCCCAWCAACAGUGCUUGACRGAGAUACGGGGCUUCGACGACACCCAGAAGAGGGAGUUCUUUAGAAAGAGGUUUGGCGAUCAGAGUCUGGUGCACAAAGCUAUCGCCCUAGUCAUGAAAGCUAUUGCCCUAGAGUCAUCACGGAACCUCUGCGUCCUGUGCCAAACACCGUUGUGCUGUGAGAUGUUGGCGACCAUUUUAGAAAACACUGAGGCGGGAGAGUGUGUCGAGAUAGACACUCUGACGCAACUAUACACUCACUUUUUGCUUGUUCGGAUUGGUUUGAAGAACAAUCGAAAUGGUGAACACUCAGAAUCAAUCAGAGAGGUUAUUCGUAAGCUUGGGAAGCUGGCUUUUCUACAACAGGAAAGAGGAAGCCUCAUAUUCAGCGAGAGCGAUGUGAAGGAAUGCGGAAUCGACGUCUCUAAAAGUUCCACAUUCCACAGGUUGUGUAGGCCGCUCAUCGCAGGGUGUGAGAUGUACCUGGAGGAAAUGUACCGCUUUGCRUACACAGGCAUUCAAGACUACCUAGCUGCCCUGCACGUGUUUCUCACCUACACAAAUAAAAGGAGAAACCUACUACUCCAACCUACUACACUCUUUGAUCGAUUGAAAGGGAYGUUCAGGAGAGCAACCCUUUUAGACCUCCACAGAUGCACCGUGGACAGGGUUUUACGGAAUACGCACGGAACUUAUGACCUCUUCCUCUGCUUCCUCCUUGGCCUCUCAACAACACCCAACCAGACUCUCUUAGAUCUAGCAUGUCUAGGGAAAGGUUUAAAGGUCACAGGCUCCAAGGGGAUUACAGAGAUCACGGCGGAAUACAUCAAGCAGGCGAUCAAGGCUGAGCCUUACCCUCAGACCACACUGGCGCUUUUCCGCGGUCUGCGGGAGCUAGGGGACGCCUCGCUGGGCAGGGAGGUCCGACGCUACCUGGCCUCCGAGUCCCGGUGGGGGUUCCUGCUGGAGCCCGACCAAUGCUGGGAGCUGGCGGACAUGCUUUGGGCAGGCGGGGAGAUGGAGAGGGAAGUGUUUAGGGAGAUGGAACGUUUGAGUUGGAUGCGCCGAAUGAGCAUGUGGGGCUUUUGGAGGAUGCAGACUGUACUGGGGGACAGACAUUGGCAGGUCUACUAGAAAGACAUCAUUGCUGUAUGAAUGGUCUACUAGGGAGACAUCACCACGGACUGUACUGCCACAUCUACUAAAUUGCCACUGCAUGAGACUGUUGAGGAAUUUCAAGUUUAGAGAGGUGUAUAGGUACAUUAGGAAGGUAGGUUUGAGUGUUUU